GCAGUGCACAUCCAGUACGAGAGAGGGAGAGCAGAGGAGCGCAGCAGCUGAGUGAGCAAACAUCAGGUUGAAACAUUAGGUUAUCUUUGAAGACUAUCAGACAUCGACCUGUCACUUUUACCGCUUCGAGCCGUGUCCCGUGUACUUGCAAAGAGAGAGAGGACCCCAGCAGCAGCAGCAGCAGCAGCCGGGUCUGGUCUGCUCUGCUCGGGCAGCCGCCUCUGAAAAAAAACUCCUAAACGCGGUCGUCUCAGCUGGCAUGAGCUAACCUACCACACAGACAUGGAAACCAAACCAUUCUUGUCAUUGGGGUUCUUGAAGCCCCAGUGCUCGUUGGCCCCUCCAAUGCAGCGAGGUCGCUCAGGAGAGGCUUGUUCCUGUUUCAGUGGCAUGUGUCCUCUCCAUCAGCGUCGCAUUUCCUCAGAUUCGUCGGGCCAUUUGACCUCCUCUCCCCUGGGCUCACCCACGUCCCACCGGGGAAUGCACCCGUCUCUACUCAGCCCGACAUCCAUGGGGCCCUCUGGUUCCCUUCACUCUCCCAUCAGCACGCUGAGUUCUCCCAUGAACGGCCUGGCCUCACCCUUCUCUGUCAUCAGCUCGCCCAUGGGCCCCCACUCUAUGAACUCACCCGGCAUGGGUUACGGCCACAGUGUCAGCCCCCAGGUAAGGCCUCUAAACUCUCCGAUGAACUCGGUCAGCAGCACAGAGGACAUAAAGCCCCCGCUGGGUCUAAACGGCGUGAUGAAGGUACCCGCCCAGCCCUCAGGAACGACCCUGUCGCUCACUAAACACAUCUGCGCCAUCUGCGGUGACCGCUCCUCAGGUAAACAUUACGGGGUAUACAGCUGCGAAGGCUGCAAAGGUUUCUUCAAAAGGACGGUGCGCAAAGACCUGACCUACACGUGUCGCGACAACAAGGACUGUGUCAUUGACAAGCGCCAGAGGAACCGCUGUCAGUACUGCCGCUACCAGAAGUGUUUAGCCAUGGGCAUGAAGAGAGAAGUUUUGUUACAUGCAGCCGUUCAGGAGGAGCGCCAGCGAGCCAAGGAGAGAAACGAGAAUGAGGUGGAGUCCACCAGCUGCGCCAACGAGGAUAUGCCCGUGGAGAAGAUUCUGGAGGCGGAGCAGGCGGUGGAACCCAAAACCGAAACCUACAUCGAGACCAACCUCGGUGUGCCAUCCAACUCGCCCAACGACCCGGUGACAAAUAUCUGUCAGGCGGCCGACAAACAGCUCUUUACCCUCGUGGAGUGGGCCAAGAGGAUCCCCCACUUCUCUGAGCUGCCAUUGGACGACCAGGUCAUCCUUCUACGAGCAGGUUGGAAUGAACUCCUUAUUGCAUCAUUCUCCCACCGUUCAAUAGCGAUUAAAGACGGGAUUCUGUUGGCGACCGGGCUGCACGUCCACCGUAACAGCGCCCAUAGUGCCGGAGUUGGAGCCAUCUUUGACAGAGUGCUCACAGAACUGGUGUCAAAGAUGAGGGACAUGCAGAUGGAUAAGACAGAACUGGGGUGCCUUCGAGCGAUAGUUCUUUUCAACCCAGACUCUAAAGGUCUGUCCAACCCAGGCGAGGUAGAAGCUCUGAGAGAGAAAGUGUACGCGUCUUUAGAGGCCUACUGCAAACAGAAAUACCCCGAGCAGCCUGGCAGAUUCGCCAAGCUGUUGCUGCGGUUACCAGCGCUGCGCUCCAUCGGCCUCAAGUGUCUGGAGCACUUGUUCUUCUUCAAGCUCAUCGGCGACACGCCCAUCGACACCUUCCUCAUGGAGAUGCUAGAAGCCCCGCAUCAAAUGACAUAAUAGCAGAGUGGGCUGAGCUCUCCACUCCUAUACCCACCUCCCCCCAUGUCUCCCACCAGCCCUGGAUCUGGAGCAGGGUCCUUUUUAACAACAACAAAAAAAAACCUUGUCUCCAACAAGGGACAAAUCACGUGGGGACUUGGAAUGGAGAACCUCUCCCUUUCUCCCAUCCUCCCUCGUUCCCUUUUCUCCUCGGCUCCCUUUGAUGUGUUGCAAAAAAACAUGAAUUCAUCAUGUCUUUGGGUCGGUUUUAUACCUUGUAAAAAUAUAUAAAUAAGAAAUAUAUAUAUAUGAAAAUCUCACCGCAACACGAGUGACAGCAGUGGACUGAAAUAAGGUCGGACAGAGGACAAAAAACGCAUUGAGCCAUCGUUUUCAUCCUUGUUUUACGUACACCUUGUCAAAAAAAAAGCUGAGAUGAUCAGGUUUAACAGCCACAGUUUUGCUUGCAGGUAUAUUGAAAAAACAAAACAGCGGUGAUGUCAUUUUUGGACACUCAGCGUUGUGAUCGGGACAAUCGUGGACUGGGAGAGCCUCAAGCCGUCUAGACUUGGACUUGAGCCCUCUCUCUCUCUCUCUUAUUCAGGACUGGACUUCUUUUUUGGGGAGGGACGGCGGGGGACAGUAUGUCUGCUCAAAAAGGAACUUGUCUGUUCCUGCCUGACUCGACUGAAACGCGUCAGGUCUUGCACUAGCAGUUUUUUUGAAGUGUGAGCUUUUGUGGAGCAGAAUUCAGAGGUGGUUAACAGAGACUGCAAGUGCUCCAAAAACCUCAGGUCUGCCCAAUUCCAACAGAUCCAACCAUGUCUUACUCUAUUAGCACUGUGCAACGUCCGGGAGGACGACAUACUCGUUCACUAAUCAGCCCGUCGGUUAAUGCUAUCUGAUUGAACAAGAGUUUGGAGAGCUUGUUAUGUACAAUCUCUGCACACAGGCUGUUGUAAAUUAGCCAUACAUUAGCUUCAUGCUACAUGAUGCUCUGAAAGGCUACCAGCAGGGGGCAGGAACAAUCUUUGCUCUUCUGCUUUAAACAACUGGCUAUGCCGAAAAACCUCACAGGCGAUCACAACGAUCUUGGAUGGCUGUAAAGUGAGCACACAGUCUCGUCUGCGGGGAUGUGUUGUGGUUUUUGCUGGCCCUCUGAGCCCCAUUCUGUCCCUUUUUCAAACAUCUCCACUUCUCAUUUCAUGUGAAUUCAGCACACCAUUUACACCUCCACACUCAGAAAUCCCUCCGCUCAUGGCAGCAGGAGUUAGCUUUUCAAAUCACCUCAUAUCUACCUGUACAGAAAGUUACAACCAUAUACAGUAUUGAUGUUAUCAGUUUUUAAUUUGAACAACAGCGAUGCACUAUUACCUCCGUCUCCAUCCCUCUCACCUUCAGUCUUUGACACUCAUCUAACCAUUUUCAGUAUGCCGGAUAGUGCUUGUUGUUGCAGCAGAGCCAUUCUUUGUUUAUUUGUUUGUUACUUGGCACUUAACCUCAUGACAGUGGAGUCAGGUUCCUAAUCGGAGAGCUGAUGUUGAUGUAAUCGACCUCUGAGUUGGAAUUUGGCCCAAUCAGGAAUGCCUAAAUAGUUCUCCUCCUCAGAGGCACACGUACUCGCUCUCUCUGCACUUCUCUGGACAACCAAGUGUCAUUCACAUCCAACUGAAAUGUUAGAUAUCUCCAUGUUGUGUAUAAAUAUGCUUUAUGCUCAUAUUCUGCUUUUCCCCUUUUCUUUAAAUGCUGCAGCUGCUGCAAAACUAUGCAUCGAGUGCAUUUCCAAAGAUUGUCUACAGAGCGGGUUGCAUGUUAGUCUGGCUCCAACAGGUCUGAUACGUUUUUGAAAACACAUUUCUGGGAGGUGUGGGUUUGGUGUUUUGUCUGGAGUAAAUGUCUUAUAUAGGUUAUUUUUUCACUAUUCAGAUAUAUGAUAGUCAUUCUGCACUCUGGACAGAUACACAGAAAACAAACCGCUAACAAUAUUGGUUUUUACUUUAUUGUUUUACAAAACAGUGGAGUGCAGCAGAUUUCAAACCCAUGCUAAAUGAUAACUGUUGCUGAGUGUAAUGUGAGAAAAUGCCUAAAAGAAAACUAAAUCACCCGACACUAUAAAGUGAACACUAUGAUUAAAGCUACCUUUCAUUAACUGGCAUGUAUGGAGUCCUGAGAGUGCCACUUCAAUAACCAGUUCAAGUAAACAUUUAUAUUAAAUGGAAUCAAUUCAAAGAUUUAAUAAAAUAUGCAUUGGAUUGCAUUUUAAUUAUGCAUUCAAAUUCCCAUAUAACAAAAUGUAGAAUUAUAUUACAAAUAAAAAUGAUCUGUCCCUACUUUUUUAACUAAUUCAUUCAUGAUCAAUCUGUAACUCUGAACUCUUAAAAAGGGUUUAAAGAUUUUUUUUUGUUCAGGUUCAUGUGUAGUUUCCAUCUUGUGAUUGAUAAAAAAAAAAAAAACAGGAGCAGUGACCGAAGAUCUAAUUGGACUGUAUUCCGCUUCAUGUUGUUUUGUUUUUUUCAGUUUUGCAUUUUCUUUAAUAAUUAUUAUGUCUGAAAAGAAAGUCUGAUUAUUCUAGUGGCACCAUCAGGACUCCAUAGGGCGGUUGACUCCAGUCAUAACACCUAUGAUACAUUGGCCUUUUUUUAAUGAAUCUCUAAAAGUGACUCUCAGACAUCUGUGAUCUCUGUCCACCUCACGCAGGACUACAACAACACACAACACUGUUAGAGUGUUUAAGAGCUGUGAGCUCCCUCUAGUGGUAGAGAAGCAGAGCUGCAUCAUUACUUGAAUUUUUCUACAAGUAUUUAAUCAGACAAAAAGAUGGCACUUGUCUCACAGCGAUCCCAUCAUCGUUUCCUCGGGUUUAGACAAAACCUCAAGAGUCUGUGUAGCAAUAACUUCAGUAUGACUUAUUGACUUGUUUGAAUGAUGGAGGUGGCCUGUAUUUAAAUCAUCUAUCCAGGUGACAGUAUUGACUGCCAAUUUGAGCUCAGUUUACAGUAUUUAUAUUCUGGAUAAAACAAAUUCUACAUGGUGUUUGAUGAAACGACGGUUGCACUCAUUACAGCAAAGAGAAGCUUCACUCUGAUGAUUUUUUUUGAGGGAAUUUAUAGAUUUUAAUCCCAAUUUGAAGCUGAUAUCAAACGAUUGAGUGUUCAUUAUCUGACUUGGUGACCCAACUUCAAAACAAAUAAUCCUCCUAUGCCCUCAAUUGUGAUGUCUCCUCCUCUUAGUUUACUGUGAUGGAUGAGCGCAGGUAUCUUAAGCCAUAAGGUGGACGUUUAUGUACAAGCUCACUCCCCCUGCGAGAAAUAUACAGACUAUGAACCUUAAGGUUGACCUUAAGAAACAUAGACUGCUUAGCUACAUGAAUGCUUUAUAACAUAAAGCUCUAUUUUGUUAAUAUGUAUAUGUGUAUAUAUUUAUAAAUAUAUAUCGACAGAGCUGUUCCUCGAGUAUUUCCGACAUCGAACGAGGGAGACAAGUCUUUUUAGACCAAACCGUUCCACACCCAGGUGUUCUCUUCGACUCAGAGUUUUACCAUGUUCUUUUUCUCACACAUUUCUGAGGUGUUGUUUUUUUGAUUUCAGCCUGACUUUAUAAAAAUGAGUCCUGAUUAACCAGCAAGAAACGCAGCAGCUCUAAACAAAAACAAAAAAAACAACCAGCUUUCCAGCAGUUUCUACGACCUCAAGAGAAUAAAAAAAAAAAAGAGGAAAAAACAGGUUCAGACUUUAAACCCUCAAAUGUUAUUUGUUGCUUUGCAAUUGUGUUCAAAAAGUGUAAUCAGGAAAAGCUGAGCUUGUGACACAAUCACUGCUUUCUUUGUUGCAUAGACAGGAAAAUAAAUGUUCAAGUGAGAAAAAAAAAAGAUGGAAAAAAAAAACACUUGGAAAAAAGAUCUAUUUUUGUACAAAGGUAAUUUUAUCCCUCGCUUGUGUACUCUGUUCUUUCCCCUUCUCUUCUGUGGGCUGUUGUAUACAUUGUGGAAAAGCUUCUUCGGCCGAGGCAAGAGACAAUUUUCAGAUUGAAAAUUCAAAGCGACAGAAGUCAUUUUUUGCUUUGGCGCCUCGGUAACUGUUUUCGCUUUUACUUUGCCAUGUUCAACCUGUCGCUGCAAGAACGUCUUCUUUCAUGAUUUUGUUUUUUUUUUGGUCUAUUUUUAAGGAGAUGGAUUUUUUUUGUCAUCUGUUCUUUGUGGGUUGUUCUCUAAUGUUCUAUCUUUCAUGGACAGAAAAAAACGGUUAUUAAAAAAAAAAACUUCAAAGUGA